AUGGCGAGGCCCUCUCAUAUACGCGAUUACGAGUUCGAGGGCGAUUUGCCUCCAAUGUCCAUGCCUCAGCAUGGUAAAGGAAAAAAGCGGGGAAAAGUAAAAAGAUCAGAUGGGAGUUUUUCUGACAGCUCUAACAGUUUUCCAAGGGAUUCAAUAAUCCGCCAGGGGUCCGCAGACUCCUACAACAGUCAACCAUCAUCUGACUUAUCGUUGGACGAGGAGCGUGAAGCCUUAAGACGGGAAACUGAAAGACAGGCAGUUGUACAGUUAGAAAAGGCUAGGUUCAAAUCAGUAGCAUUUGCAGUAAGGACAAAUGUCUCAUACGAUGGGUCAGCGGAUGAUGACUCUCCAGUACACGGCUGUGCCGUCACAUUUGGUGUCAAAGAUUUUUUACAUAUUAAAGAGAAAUACAGCAAUGACUGGUGGAUAGGGCGGUUGGUAAAGGAGGGUUGCGAUGUGGGCUUUAUACCAAGUCCAGCUAAAUUAGAAAAUCUUAAAAUGCAACAAUCCUCUGGCAGGACCCAAAAAAUAUAUACUAGUAAAACAAAUUCAUCUACGAAUAUAGAUAAUCUACUAACCAAUUCCAAGUCUUCGAAUUCACGAGGUUCAACACCUCCCACUCCAGGUGUGGAGGAGCAGAAUGGGCAGAAUGGUUUGGACAGUAAUGUAGGGGACGACAGUGACAGUUUAGGAAAUUCUAAGAACAAAACAGACAAAUCAGUUACCCCACCUGCUAAGGAAAAAAGGAAACCAUUUUUCAAAAAGACGGAGAAUAUCCCUCCCUAUGAAGUAGUGCCUUCUAUGAGGCCUGUAGUUCUUAUCGGGCCAUCUCUCAAAGGAUAUGAAGUGACAGAUAUGAUGCAAAAAGCACUUUUUGAUUUUCUGAAGCAUCGCUUUGAAGGAAAAAUAACUAUAACAAGGGUGACUGCGGAUAUUUCUCUUGCAAAACGUUCGCUACUAAACAACCCGAACAAGCGACCGAUAAUCGAACGUACCAAUAGUAGAUCUUCUACUAUAGCUGAGGUACAGGGUGAGAUAGAGCGUAUAUUUGAGCUAGCCAGGACAUUACAACUUGUGGUCCUGGAUUGUGACACUAUAAACCACCCAUCUCAACUGGCUAAAACCUCACUGGCACCAAUCGUAGUCUACCUGAAAGUCUCUUCACCAAAGGUAUUACAAAGACUUAUUAAGUCUCGGGGAAAGUCUCAGAGUCGCAACAUGAAUGUUCAGUUGGUGGCAGCAGAUAAGCUCUCUCAAUGCAGUCCUGAGAUGUUUGAUGUGGUGCUAGAUGAGAAUCAGUUGGAGGAUGCCUGUGAGCACCUGGCAGAGUUCCUAGAGGCUUACUGGCGGGCUACACAUCCUGUGUACCCAGAAGCGCAACGAGAUCAGUUUGGGCGUCUAACUAACAACACCAACACUACAUCAACAUCUAACCCUUCAACUACUCAUGAUACCCCUAAUAAACAUCUACCCAACCAAAACUCCCUCAGUAAAACUCUGAAUGCACCCAUUCCUGGGUCUCCCCUUUUACGGCAUAAUACUGCCCCCGCAAACAACCCACCUUCACGUUCUCUCAGUCAGGAACGCCUAGAUAAGCGGGCUAGGGACAAUUUGGAAUCCCCCGAGGUUCAUAAUAGACAUGGACAUGAUCGAAUGCGGAAUCGGAACCGAGAUCAGGCUGAUUAUGACAGUGAUAGAUAUGGGAGUGAUUUGGAGCAACGUAGCAGCAGAUAUGAGGAAACAAAACCACGCAAUUAUAAUGAUCAUAGGGAAUUUGAGCCUGAGCAUCAUCGGACACGAGAUAUUAACCGUGGCAGGGAUAUGCGAUCACAUGAUCACCCUAAGGAUUACGAAAGUGAAUUUGACCUGGAGUCAGAGCAAUUUGAAAUGCGAGAACGUGAUCUUAGAAUCAGAGAUCGGGAUCGCGAUGGAAAACAGCGUAGAGAUAUGGAUUAUGACCGAAACUUUACUAGGUCACAUAAUUAUGAGGAUAGACGACGUGACUUUCAUCAUGACAGACAUGGAAGUAGAGAAAGUAUAGAGCAUGAACGGCCAGUGCGCCGUCAUGAUGGCAGAGACCGACAUUACGCGUCGCCAAGUCGAAGUAAGAACCAUCCACCUCGACAAGGCAGUAUCGCCAUCUAGUGUGGAAGCUCAAACUUAGCUGCAUGUAGUUUUACUCUCUAUUACACGCUAUUUUGUUGUGUUUGGAGAUUUUGACACAGCCAUAAUAAAAAUGGCUGCUAGUUGAUGGUCGAGAAUUCUGGAUGGUUCACAAAUGAGCCACCAAAUUCGGGAGCUAUGUUUUAUUACCAUAUAACGUGUUGGAAUAUCCUAGCACUGGUAAUUUCCACUUUCUACACACUUACCAACAUAAAGUGUAGCAGGCACAUUGUGAGACACUGGAUUACAGGAUACUACACUCCACACUAUUCUACAUUAUUAAAUGUAUUGUAGAAAUAUUUCAUCUUUUACUCAUAGUAGUGCAUGAUCCAAUGUACCGUAUUGUAAUCCUGUCUUUUUACUAAUCAAGUACACUAUUCCGCACACAGUAAGGAUUAACAUAAUUAUCGCACUCGUGUGUGCGUGUGUGUAAUCUAUUCUGUUAUAUUUCUAUGAUUAAAGGAAGAGUCAUGUAAAAAUCAUAUGAUCUAUAUAUCCCCAAUCAGGAUGAUGCAGGUCUGUUAUUCUUACUGGAGGACUAUCAUGAGAUGACUUGCAAUCAGGGAAUGUUCUCCCUUUACAGAAGAUGGAUUAAAACUCUGCUGGAUUACUCUACAGAAGUCUACUUGAUUGGCCUAAGUGGAGCACUGUUAUGUACAUGUUAGUGCAUAUGUUUUGUUAUCGAUUUGUUUAGUUUUUUCUCAUAACUGAUUUAGACAUAGAUGCUUGUGUGUUGAGAGGGUACCAAAAGUUUCCCGAGUGAUAUAUUUAAGAACACCUGUCACAAAAUACGAGGAAACAAGAUUCAAUAACAAUUCAGCACCAUUUAUUUCCAAGUUAAAAGUUGGAAUAAGUCAGAUUGCUGGUUCUAGUUAGACAAACCGAACAUGUUUAAAAAUUUGCUCAACCUUUCUAGCAAAACUGUAGAGUCAGAUGUAUGAAUGUGGUAGAGUAUUGAAGAAUUGUAAAGAUUGGAAUUUUAAUUUUGUAAUUCUUUAAGGUCACUUUCUUCUGCCAUAUUGAAAGUCACACACAUCUGUGUUAUAAAGCCAUGUAAAGAUUGCAUUUAAAAACUUCAGGUUAUGAUAUGUACUCCCAAGUAUUAGGUUGUAUGAUGUAUUUUACAAUGAUUUAUUAUCACCUCAAACUGACUGUUUAUGUAUCAGAAUAAAAGAUAACUUGGAGAAAUUAAGCCUGAAACUUUUAGAUGGGAUUGAUAUAUUGUAAAUCUUUUUGACCCCAUUGACCCAUAAGGAUUGUUUUGAUUAUAUUUCUUAGGUUUAAAAAUCCCCUUUACUGUUUAUAUGAACUAUGCAUAUAUAUAAAACAUAUAAUAUUUAUAAAUAUUAGCAUUGUAUGACAUCAGACCUCUAUAGAUAUACACUUCCAGCUUGUUAAAAGUGAGGGUUUUCUUCAACAUAUUUCAUGUUUUUUCAAACUUCAAAUAUAUUAAGGUUGUCAUAGUGUACAUCAAUAUUUGCAUUUGGUACAUUUAUUUAUUCUUAGAAUGUGAUCUAAAAAUUCCCAUUGUGCUCCAGAUAUCCCCGUGAUCUAUCAACCCUCUUUGUCAUCUCGAAAUCCUGCUCAUGAUCCUGAAAAAUCCCCCUCAUGAUCCUGAAAUCCCACUCAUGAUCCUGAAAAAUCCCCCUCAUGAUCCUGAAAUCUCGCUCAUGAUCCUGAAAAAUCCCCGUCAUGAUCCUGAAAUCCCGUUUAUGAUCCUGAAAUCCCACUCAUGAUCCUGAAAAAUCCCCCAUGAUCCUGAAAUCCCCAUUGUGAUCUAGAAAUCCUCCUUAUGUUAUCAUGUUUUUCCUUAAAUUUGCCAAUGCCUGUGUACACUAUGGCUGUCUUAAUAUUGGAAGUUUGCAAGAGAAAGACAUGAAUUAAUUCAUGAAGUUUCUUGUUUUGUGUACCAAUAUAUUUUGUGUUUUGUAUUGAUAUGUAACAUGUAAAAACUUGAUAUUUCUUGAAUUUCACUAACUUCUGAAUAUAAUGAUAUCCAAAAGUUUGAAACUAUACAUAUUAUACAUAUACAUACUGUUUGUAAAAUAGGGCUGUAAAUAUUUCUAUAAACCCAUAAUUUUCUAUUUUUGGUUGAAAUUAAAAUCUUGAUUCAUAUAUGAUAUUAAUUCUUGCUAAUUGCUCUUAAAACAGACAUAACUAAAUAGCACAAUCAAAUCACAUGCACCCUUUGCAUCCUUGUUAUGUACUUAUAGCUUAUUACAUAUUAUCUUUAGUCAUUUUACUUCAAUAAUUAACUCAUAUUGCAUGGUAUUUUAUUGCACAAAACAACAUUCUUUAUCACCUUAUGCCGAGUCCUGAGAUAUUUCUUUACAAGAAUUGCAUGAAAUCAUUUUUAGGGUUGCUUAAUACCUUCUUAAACUCUUGAUUAUGUCCACAAAUGUUGAUUAUAAAAUAUAAUAUAUAUAAUAUAAUAUAUCAUAUAGAAUAACAUUAAAUGAAAUUUGACAUUACCUGAAAUAAUGAAAUGGGUGUAUUUUAUUUCAAUUAUUCCUUUAUUUUGAUUUGAUCUAGGCUAUAGUUCAUUCACAUUUUAAUUUACUUAUCCAGUAGUUCUGAAUCUCAUUCAUUUCUAUUCUCUUAUACUGUUUUACCUGUUCUUUCCAUUGACCAAUGUUAUACUGAAUUUGUAUUGUUGUAAUACUGCAUUCCCUAUUUUAGAAAUCUACAAGGUUUACUUAAAUUUGAUUGGUUCACAGCAGAGAAAUCUAAACUCCAUGUUACUUGUAAAACUUGUGAACUCCUGUCAAAAGUGAACAGUUAAAAAUGAAAUCAUUGUUCAGUUCCAUUUUUGCAUGUCCAGUUGAUGCUUAUCAUUGCACAACCUUUUAAUGAGCAUUGCAUUAAACUGAGACAGGUUUACUUUACAACUACAAAUAUAUAUCAUAUUUCUUGCAAUAUUUUGAUGCUUGCGUUGGAGCUCGCAAUAUUUGUAUAUCUGUUGAAAUUGCAACUAUAUUUAGUUUUAUUUCACUUUGUUAAAAUAAAAGCAACUUUAAUACAAUCAUAUAUUUCUAAUCAUUCUCAUGGUUGAAAACUGUAAAAAUGAUACCUUCUUGCCCAAAGCUAUGAAGCAUUAUUUUGCUUGAAUAUAAAUAUGAAACUUGAGAGAGAAGCUUUAUUCAAAUAAUUCUGAGGCAACAUAGUUUAAUGAUUAAAAUGUUAUCUGAUUGAAUUGGAUUUAAUUAUUAAUCUGUGUGUCUCUAUACAACUGCUGAUUGAAAAGCUAUGUAUGAUCUAGAAUAUAUGUAUAAAUACAAUCAUUAGAAAACUAUAUAUACUGAGAAUAUUCCCAUACUAUCUAUUCAUCUCUAAAAUUAUCAAUUAACAUAAACACCUACUAAAAUACUCAACUGAAUGGAUAUGAAAUGCUUAAUAUUAAUUUGAAAUAUAGUUAACCCAAUCUGUAUUUGGUCCCUGUAUUAUAGUCAACCCUAUUUGGCUAGACUGUAUCUAUGCCACUAAAGUGUUUGCUAAAUUGUAUACCGUAUUUGAAUUCCAGUAUAUUUCAUCCACAGUUACCUAAGUUAUUAGUUUGUUUAAUUUCAAGUGUGCAUUGUAAAUUCUAUUUGGUUCUUACUCUCUGGUUAACCCUAUUUUGGUAUGUUAUAUGUCAAGUGAGCUGCUCUGUUUUAUACCCACCUUGUAGUAAACUGGAAUAUUUAACCAAUACAUAAAUUUAAGGUUUCCACAAAAGCAACUAGAACUGAUUCUUUGUGUAGUAAACUAUAUUUCUUUAUGAUAAUAUCUAAUUUACUAUUAUAUUUGACUCCCUUAUAGGGAUAGAUAUUUAAUAUAAAGUACCUAAACAUGUAUAACUUCAAAUUUAGUCUCAGCUUUAAAUUUAGCUUCUGUGUCAAAUACCAUGGGUCUCAAGUCUAUUAUAAUACUUACAUGUAGAAAAUGCCACAACAAACACAGUCUCAAUUACAACAAUCAAAACUAAUACAACUUCAAUUUUUGUAUUUAUACAGAUAAAAGUUCUGCUGUACAUAAUACUUUUUUCUUUUGUCAAGUUUCCAUUUUCCUCUCAAUCUCCAAUCUUUUCUCCAAGCAGUGUUGUUUUUGUGAGAAUGGAGAGGGGGCAAUACAAGGGGACCGGGCAGUACAUGACUUUUAGGAUACCAGAUUAGAGGCUGGGGAAAUAAAUACUAGAGGGUAUACCGGGGGUGAUUAAGACUAAAAAUAUUUGGUUUGAAUUUUUCAGGGAUUUUUAUUGUUAUAUUUUGAAUUUCCCUUGAAUAAGGGAAUAAGGGCUCAACCCUAAUUGCCUUACAGUCUUAUGGUUAAUGAAUGCUAGCACUCUGCACUGUCAUAUACUAUUAUUGAGUACUCAAUCAAUUCCUAAAAACUUAAUAACAUAUUGCCAAACAUUGUAGUUUAGCCUCAAUACUAUUCAAUUUUAACUUUUGAGUUAACUCAACUAACUCUCACCCAAUUUUUUGCCCAAGUAUACUUAUUUUAAUGGGCACAUUGUUAAAGGAUUCUGGGUAAUGGAGUGCUUUGUCUACUUCUAACAUAAGUGCAGUAUAAUAUAUAUUGUAGGUUGUGUACUCCCUUACUUAGAGUCACAAUUAUACUAACUUUACUAUGUUUGUCUUAAAUAAUAAAGAAGUAAAUAACAAGAAGAAGACAAAUGUGAAUAAUUAUUCGUGUCUAUACUGUAUUUGUUUCAUUGAGAAUAUUUAUUGAUUUAAUAUGUUAUGUAAAAGAGUACUGUAUAAGUGGUAUUUAAUCUGAGAGCUUAAUUUGCCAAAUUUUAUCAUUUCCCUAAUUUUAAUUUUUCGAUAACAUUAUGAAGAUGAUACUUCCAACAUUUAAUUUUUCGAACCUGGUAGAAAUUAGGCAAUAGGCAAAUUAAAUGAUUUAGCAAAAUUACCACUUAUACAGUAUAUUGAAAGAAUCUCA